AUGCCGAGUAACAGAAGCAGUGCUCCUAAAUGCUCAAGGAGGCAUCCGAGGCAAGACGACAAGCAGAAAUCCCAAGACAUGGCUCUACAUAUAUUUAUCCCAGGAGGUGGUCAAGGGGGGUCCGGUAUUCCACAAGCGAGACCAAGCGGAAGCGUCCACGCCAAAGAAAUAUCCGAGAUUCAAACCUCAUUCGUCAACAACAACCAUACUUCUCCCACAUCCUCCGCAUCCUUCACAUCCAUCAACAACAAUCGUGUUGCAACCACAACGUUGCCUCCCACCCCUCGAGCUCCUUCCAUCGAGACGCCGACCUGCGAAACCUCCACCGCGACGUCCGUCGAUUGGAUCCCACCGGUCGUUUUUCAUUACGCCUUACCUUGGCAGACUUCCAUGCCUCUGCAGAACGCACGCAACCUCAAGCAUUCUCGAGUCCUCGCCCUGUAUGGGGUAUGUCCGCACCUCAUGCCGCCAAGCAAGGCUACCGUGAUAAGCUCUCGAUGUCGUCGUUGA